AUGUGGUUUACAAUUGCAGCAACUGCAAAAGAGCGUUCUCUACCUCUCAGGCCUUGGGGGCACCAAAAUGCACACAAACAAGAACGUGCGUUAGCCAGAAGGGCUCGACGGAUCGGACCGAGUGAUUUUCUCCGUCCGGUCUUUCCUUAUUACCCUUAUUCGACCUUUUAUUCAAACCCUUUUCUUGGAUCUUUGAAUCGAUCACCCUUUGGGGUUAGAACUGAAUCCAUGAUCCAUAAACCAUUGUAUUCAUUGGUGCCAUACAGAUCAGGCGGAUAUCGUUUCGGUCGAGGUUACACUAGGACAGCCAUGAUGAACCAUCCUCAGCUCAUUCUCGGUGGAAGAUUCGGCGUCAAUAAUGGCGGAUUCGCGGUCCCGGUGCCUUCAAGCUCUUCGGGAAUCAACGGAAUCGGUUCCGUUGUGAGCUUUGCUAACAAUUCUCAAGUAGAUGGUGCCGUGAAUAGGCCGGCAGCAGGAAGUGAUGAGAACAAGGAUAGUUCCGGAAUCGAUUUAACCCUUAAGCUUUAA